CUGAUUCUGUGUUCCGUGUUGACAUGGACAAGGGCCACCCUCCUCCAGUCUUAUUAUACCGCGGAUACCUUCUUAGAUGACAUACAAAUUUUUGAUUCUCUUCUGUCGCUGCAUGACUCUGACUCUCUAACUCAGUGCUCCGCUAUGUGUGGGGAGGACUGUAAUUGUUUUGCCUACAACUCCAAGAGAAAGACGUGCCAUCUUUAUUCUAAAUCGUGUGAUUCGUUGGAUUUGUUUUUAAGUGAUUACGAAACAGGGUGGAGGUAUUUCGCAGCAGUGUUGAAAGGAGAAGGUUGGCUGUCGUAUGGAAUGCAUAGUUACUUACAUAUAAAGACUAGCAUCAAUUGGUGGGAUGCUAAGUAUGAGUGCGAAAAACUAGGGGCCUAUUUGGUUACCAUAGAAACGGAAGAAGAAAAUACAUGGUUAACAGAAACCUUUCUGCCAGUCUUGGAUCCUGCUGGAUGUAACCCUUGGUGGAUUUGUUGUUCACAUUGGAUAGGUGCCAACGAUAUUGACAAGGAGAACCUAUUUGUCUGGACAGAAAACAACAACAACGUCACUUCCUAUUCCGACUGGCAUCCGGAUGAACCUGAUGACCUUGGCGACCAGGACUGUGUACAUCUUUGUCGUGACGGGAUUUGGGGAACAACCCCGUGUCACGAGAUGUAUUCAUACAUAUGUGAAAAAGACUAA